GUGUAUCAUACCCUUCCCCGCUUCAUUAAAUGGAUUGUAGGAUACUUAUUUUCCUUUAUAGGUUUCAUGAAUCAGCGAUGGUUGCGCCAUCUUCAUGUUAGCGCACAUCAGCAGUUUGCGUCAUUUGAGGCCUACACCUGCUCGCUCGCUCUUCGCGGCUCUUAAAGUCUGAAAAUGAGCGACCAGAGAAGGAAAGCGUUAAAAACUAUACUACAGUUGACGUGUCAACUUCUGGGGGUAGUGGGGCUGGUGGUGGGCCUGAGUGGCGUCUACCUGCUGAUGAACUACAAACAGAGCAGCUUAUUUCUGACUCACAGCUACAUCCCUCUGCCAGCAUUCCUUGCUCUCGUCAGCGCUGCGUUCCUAUUGGUCAGUGCCUGCCUCGGCUUCUGGCUGAGCUUCAGAGAUUCCAUCUUUCUGCAGGGAUUGUUUGUCUAUCUGCUCGUUUGGGUCUUUUGCCUGGAAAGUACGACUUCAGCGUUGGCUUAUUUUCACUCUACAAAGCUGGAGUCAGAGACAGCGCCUCUAAGGGGAGUCUUUCAGAACUACACAGGCAGCAGCCAGGACCUCAACUCUCGAACUGUGGAUGCUGCACAAGAAGAGCUGCAGUGUUGCGGUGUCGAAGACUACAGGGACUGGCUGGAAACCUCCUGGUUUAACCGCACUGGAGGCCUCUGCGUUCCUCACAGUUGCUGCAACUCUACUUUCCCCUCCUGCACUGGCGCUGUGGACCAGCCAUGGCAGCUUAAUGCACAGGGCUGCCAGGUGAAGCUGGAGAUGCGAUUACAGUUUGUGUUGAGUUUUCUCAUCUGGGGCUCCCCGCUGGUUUUUCUAGUGGAGGUUGUUUUAUUUCUGACGAUGGCACAGCUAAUGAAACGCCAACCAGUUAAGGAUUAUCAAGUACUGGACUAAAAGACACAGUGAUGGAUGGGACAGCAUUGUACUUUGCACAAUUCUUCAAAGUAUAUCAUAUCAUAUUGUGUAAAUGUGCAUAAAAUUAGUAUUGGGAUUGUUAGAAUAAUUAUUCCGGAGCUGCGGACCUCUUACCUGCCCCACCACUGCUGAUUAAAACAGAUUUACUCCAUUAUGCUACAAAAGGUGACAUAAAAGUGGUAAAAUAUAUUUUGCUAUUACUGACAACAAAAAGAUGACGAUGGAUAGUUUAUGGAAAACUGUUUAUAGUUUUAAAUAUACAGUUGCACCAUUCAGUCUAUGUUGGUAGACUCAACAGUGUCA